GUGCAGGUGUUUGUAAACCAGCUGUACCGCUCCCCAGUGGAGAUGGUUAUAGAGCGGAACCCAGACCUCAAGGCUAUACGAAUUGCCUCUGUAAACCCCAUCCUUGACCCCUGGAUCUACAUCCUGCUUAGGAAGUCGGUUGUGCAGAAGCUUCUAGAAAAGAUCAAGUGCCUAUUCUGCAGUAUCGGUGGGCGAAGUCAUGGGAGGAGCCCUACAGAGUUCCACUGUGGCAAUGGUGUCCGCAACUCAUCACUUGCAUCUCGGGAUUUGCCAUCGAUGGUGCUGCCUGAGCUGCCAGAGGUGAUCAGCACAUCACAGACGUAUCUGUAUCCUCUGGAGGGGGGGCAGGAGAUGGGUUCCUCCAGUCAUUCUAUGCAGAGUGUGACUUGUUCAGCUUUCAAUGAGCGAGCGCUUCUGGUGGCUCUAAGGGGUUAGACCGCAGUAGUGGACUCAGCUCCAACAACAGGACAGAAGGGAGGGAGAGAAGCACAGACUUUCUAAAAACACACAUGCUCACACACUCCAGCACAAAUGAAGUGCAGUGUUCCAAGCACCAGCCUUUACAAGUAACAUUUAA